AUGCCUCGCGAAGUCUCCGAUAUCAAGCAGUUCAUUGAGAUCUGCCGCCGGAAGGAUGCCUCCUCCGCCCGGAUCAAGCGCAACCGUGUCUCCCAGCAGAUCAAGUUCAAGGUCCGCUGCGAGCGCUUCAUCUACACUCUUGUCCUGAAGGACUCCGACAAGGCCGAGAAGCUCAAGCAGAGCCUUCCUCCUGCCCUCAAGGUCGUUGACGUCUCCAAGGGUGACAAGAAGAAGUCCUUGUAA